UAGAAUUGAGUUAAAAACGUGGACUGGAGAUAUAAAAGCUGAAAUUAAAAGUUUUUAUAACGCCAUUGAACAUGCUUUACAAGAUACUACACUUGAUACUCAAAAACAAAAAAAACUAGAAGAUUUAAAAGAAACGUCUGAAGAUGUGGUAAAAGCUACCGUAUUAGCGAUAAGUUCCUUACAUGAAAAUAAUAAACUUGCUAUUUCUUCUUCUUCAUGUAAGAAAGAGAACAAUCAAAAUGAUAUUUGUAAACAUAUCUCAAAUUUAAAGAGUAUAUUGUUAGAUCUAAAAUACUCCGAUGAAGCACGCAGUGCUUAUGAUGAUAUUUAUAAUGCAUUGGAGGCUUUAAAUAAGACAGAUCUAACAGAAUUUGAUGACAACGAUCCAUUAACAAUAGAGGUUAUUGAUAUUUCUUCCGAGUGGGCUAGUUCUCAUCUUAAAACUAAUACGAUUGAUUUUCUUAAGGAAGAUUUGUCAAAAAGAUUAAUUUUAGAUAAAAGUAUAACAGAAGAAUGUAAAGGAAUAAUCCAAAAACAUCAUACGAAUAAAGAUUUAAAGUGGGUUAUUUCUGAGGGCUUCGUUCCUUCUUUAGACAAAUGGGUAGAAAGCGUAGAGUCGCAAAAACAUUUCGCACAAAAAAUUCUUGAAUGUUUAAUUAGCAUUUGGAAUUUAAAUACAAUUUGGUCCAAAAAUCAAUCCGAGAGAAUUUACGUAGCACAAAUUGUCGAACCACUUAUUUCUGUUGCGCUUGAAGAUCUACCUAUAGAUAUUAAAUAUGAGUUAAAAGGAGAGAAUCAAAGUCUUGCUAGUAAAAAUUAUAAGUUAAAUUCUUCAAACUCUGCAGUUGGUAAUCAUCCAGAUAUAAUGUUUACUAUAAAAAUUGGCGAGAAUAAUCUUGAGUUGCUUUAUGUUGAAAGUGGUCGACGUCUAACUACCGAUAAAAAGGUUUUUGCUGAUCAUAACAAGUUAGCUUGCAUAAAUAUAGCCGGCGAUCAUAUGAAGAUAUAUGGACUUCAACGGAAAGAUAAUCUUUACUUUUAUUUUCCACUUACCGAAGCCUACAUACCUUUAGAAAAUGCUUCAUGGGAAAAUGUUCAAGACUUAGUUUACUCUCUAUUAUUAAUACGAGUAUGUUUAUAA